AUGGCCACCGGUCAGAGCACCGCCAAAGCUCCAGAUGCCAACGAAUAUGGAGGAGAUGAGAUCUCCGCACUCGUAAUAGACCCUGGAUACUCCACCGUACGCGCUGGAUUUGCUGGCGAAGAUACUCCUAAAUCCGUCGUUCCCUCCUACUAUGGCACCAUACCUUCAGAGAACGAGCCCGAAAACCAAAGAAAGCUGUACGGAGACAAUGCCAUACAUACGCCCUUUCCGCGGCUGGCAAUCAGCAAUGUCAUGUCCAAAGAUAGCUUGGUAGAGGAUUGGGACACUGCCGCAAGCUUGUGGGAAUAUGCCAUUACUUCUAAACUUACAAGCACGAAGCAAGGUAGGCUGGCAGUCAAUGGACUCAAUGAUACAGACAAUCAAGAUCUCAACAUGGAGAUUGCGGAAGAUGGGGAGAAGCCCGUAGGAGAAAAUGCGCUGCUCAUGACAGAACCAGGCUGGAAUGUAGGAAAAGAUCGAGAAAAGGGAAUUGAAAUCGCGAUGGAGAAUUGGGGUGUGCCUGCCUUCUGGCUUGCUCGAAGCGGUGUGUUGGCAGCGUUCGCAUCUGGCAAACCUUCCGCUCUCGUGGUCGACAUUGGUGCCGCCAACAUCUCCGUCUCCCCCGUCCACGACGGCAUGAUCCUCCGAAAAGGCGUCGUCCGCUCGCCUCUCGCCGGCAACUUCAUAUCAAACCAAGCGCGUCUCCUCUUCUCGACCUCUCAACCUCAAGUCCCUCUUACACCACACUACCUAAUAUCCUCCAAGACCGCUGUAGACGCGGGCGCCCAAUCACAAGCUACCUACCGCACUUUCCCCUCAGGCACAGAGCCAGACGCAUCAUUCCGCGCCUUGCAAGAAGAACGCGUAUUAAAAGAGUUUAAGGAGAGCGUGGUAUCGGUAUGGACGGGCCAGUCGAGAUUAUCAGGGCACGGACCAAACGGGGUGACGAACCUGGAUGCCGCGAAAUCGCAUCAAGGGAAACCAUUCGAGAUGCCAGAUGGCUGGAACCAGAUGUUUGCUGCGCCAGACCGGUAUCGUUGCGUUGAGGGAGUAUUUGAUGCGAAGAUGGCACUCACGGAUGCUGCGAAUCCUCCGCCGCAGCAGAAUCAAACUAUCAUUGAAGCGAUAAAGCAGAGUUUGAACAACGUUGACACAGACGUUAAGCCGACGUUGCUGAAUCAUAUCGUUGUCACAGGUGGGAGUAGCCUGAUACAUGGAUUCAACGAUAGGCUGGUGCAAGAAAUUACUGCUGUGUUUCCGUCAACGAGGGUAAGGGUUUCUAGCCCUGGAAAUUUAGCGGAAAGGAAGUUUGGAAGUUGGAUUGGAGGGAGUAUCUUGGCGAGCUUGGGCACUUUUCAUCAGAUGUGGAUCAGUCGGAAGGAGUAUGAGGAAUUUGGAGCGGGGAUUGUGGAGAAGAGGUGUAAAUGA